AAGAGCCCUUUGAUGAAUAUGCUGAUGAUAAAGUUAUGGAGAUAAUAUUGCAAGUGAUUAAUCUUUCUGUCAUCACCGAUAACCUUUGCAAGAAAAUGUAUGAAUGCAUUGAGAAUGAACUAUUGGGAUCUCUCCAAUGUACGACUCAUAAUAUAUCUCCGUACAUAUCUAAGGGCAUUGAGAAAGCAUCCGAGCUUUAUGUCUACUGGAACAGUGAAGCCGGUACUACUACCGAGAAAUCUGUUGGAUCUUAUUGUGGCACUAAUAGUUAUUUAAGACACAUUACGAUUCAGGCAAACAUGGUCGACCUCUCAGCUUUGGGAGUUCGGAAGGCAGUGAUUACCCAUCACGAAGUGACCUAAAAAGUAGAGUUAUGAUGUUCUCUGGGUUGAGCAUGCCAGCUGAAGUUCUUAACAGGAAUUGAUCUUUCAUAGUGUUUUUUCCCCAUACAGAUCUAAUUAUAGCAUCUUAUCAUGUCUAAUGAGAAUUGAUCUUUUAUAGAUUGAGCACCAAUAAAAUGCUUGAUUUUGCUUGGUCA